AUGUCGUUCAAUUUCACAUGGCCCGAAUUCUCGCCCGAGUUCCACGCUGAUGCUCGGGUCAUGCUCGACUCGGCUCUCAAUCGAGGACCAAAGCCGAAAGUCAUUGCUGAUGAUAUCAAAGUAGAUGAGCUGUCUAUGGGGACCGUACCUCCUGAUCUCGAAAUUCUGGAGAUUGGCGAUCUUUCACGCGAUCGCUUUCGUGGCAUAUUCAGGCUCACCUACUCGGGAGAUGCUCACCUGGUUCUGUCCACCAAAGUGCAAGCUAAUCCCUUGUCGAAGCCGACGCCGAGCUCAGGCGCAACUAGUGGGAGAGGUGUCAGCUCAGGACAAGAUGAGGAGACCUUCACACCCUUCUCCUCUGCCGGCUCCUCUUCCAGAGGAAUCCUCUUCGCUGCCGCUCCCCUCAUCGUCCCCAUGAAGCUGCGUCUGUCGCAUGUCCGACUGAGGGCCAUCAUCGUACUGGUCGUGUCUAAGACCAAAGGCAUCACACUCGUUUUCAAGAACGAUCCACUAGAGAGUGUUCAGGUGUCAAGUACGUUUGAUAGCGUCGCGGUCAUCGCAAAGUACCUACAACAAGAAAUCGAGGGCCAGCUCAAGGAAGUCUUUCGGGAGGACCUGCCGGGCAUCAUCCAUCGAUUGAGUCAGAAGUGGCUCAGCGGGCAGGCAAAGCCUAAGGCGGGGCCAGGAGCACACCACGAGGCAGGGAAGCCG